GGAAGGCCAUGCGCACCGUUGCUUGCAUCCCUGACGAUGUCAUCUUCAACAUCCUGUCGCAGCUCCCCACCAAAUCUGUGAUCCGAUGCAAGUCCGUAUGCAAGGCCUGGCUUACCAUCAUCUCCAGCGAGCACUUCAUCCGUGCUCACCUGGAUUUCUCCAGGGUGCGAUCGACAACCCUUGUGGUCUCCCGCAGGUACAUGGGAUGGCAACAUGAAGGGAUGGAUUCCACUUGCAUGGGUUUCUACAGGUACAUUGGUGGCAGUAAAGUAGAGAUUGUUCACAGCCAAGACAUUCCAAAGGGUAUUGGUUUAUGGGCUACCCCAUCGCAUUGUGAUGGUCUCAUUCUCGUUUCCACGGAAAAACAAGUGACAGUCGUCUGCAAUCCAGCAACAAGGGAAUUUGUUAAACUUCCGAAGGGCAGUGAUAGCAUAUCUAGCAUUCAUAAGAGCCGGGCUGGAUUUGGUUUUGAUCCCUGCAGUAAUAAGUACAAAGCAGCAAGAUUCUUUUAUGAAACGGGGAAUGAGAAAUCUGAAACUGUCUGCAGGUUUGAGGUACACACACUAGGCACAAGUACAUGGAGGCGAACUGCCGAUCCUCCAUACCCUAUAUUUUGGACGCCUCCAGCUCAUGUCCAAGGUUAUCUUUACUGGAGGAUAGACCUGCCACCUUCAAAACAUCCCAAAGCAUUUGUCAAGUUCAGUUUAUCUGAAGAGAUGUUCAGUUUAACUCCAUAUCCUCCAUCCAAAGAGGCGAAAAAGCCCGUCUAUUUUAUAGAGUUGGAGGGUAAAUUAUGUUGUGCUUGCUUCACUAAGCGAUUUGAAGCGGUGGAGAUUUGGACUUGGACCCUCGAUAAUGACAAGUCACCAAAAUGGACGCAGUACUGCACGGCUGAUACUAAUUUGGAAGCAGAAAAUCCGCAAAGUAUUGGUAGCAGUGGAAGGUCGCAGAAGUUAACUUCCCUGUUGGAAGAUAGUUUCAUUGAUGAAAGCAGUCAUGUAAAGCACAGCGGCACCGGGGCCUCUGGUUUCUGCACAAAGCCAUACCCAUCGGACAUCGGCAUCAUGGCCUCUCCUCUGGUUGCUGCACCGUCAUACGCUUUUACUGUGCGGCGCCGGAUCUUGAUCCAGGGGUGGCCAGUACCGCCGUACGCGCGCCCUGCCGUCGCUCCGUGCGCGUGCGCUGUGGCGGCUGCAGUGCUAGGAGAGAUGCUGGGAGUAGCUCGGUGCUGGCGUUGA